AUGCUGUCUCUGCGCCCGCCCUCGAUAGCUGCGCGAUGCGCCGCCUAUCGCGCCCUCGCACCUGGCUGCCGCCGCCGCCUCGCGACCGCGCCGCAACUCCGCAAAGUCGUCUUCUCCGGCAUCCAGCCCACCGGCGUGCCGCACCUCGGCAACUACCUGGGCGCCCUUCGACAGUGGGUGCGUCUGCAGGAGGAAGCCGCGCCCGACACGACGCUGCUCUUCUCCAUCGUGGACCUGCAUGCCAUCACCAUCAAGCAGCAUCCGGCGGAUCUGCAGCAAUGGCGCCGCGAGAUGCUCGCCAGCCUGCUUGCCGUCGGCCUCGACCCUGCGCGCUGCGUCGUCUUCGCGCAGAGCAGCGUGCGGCAGCAUGCAGAGCUCAUGUGGAUCCUCAGCUGCGGCGCCUCCAUGGGCUACCUCGGCCGGAUGACACAGUGGAAGAGCAAACUCCAGCUGCCUGACAGUGCCUUGCCCCUGGCCUCGUCCAAGGACCAGCUCAAGCUCGGCCUCUUCUCCUACCCCGUCCUGCAGGCCGCCGACAUCCUGCUGUACAACACCACCCACGUCCCCGUUGGCGAAGACCAGGCGCAGCACCUCGAGUUCACGCGCGAGCUCGCAACCGGCUUCAACCACCUCUACGGCCCGCUCCUCACGGUGCCGGAGACACAGUUGAGCGCUGCGAAGCGUGUUAUGAGCCUGGCAGAGCCGACCAAGAAGAUGAGCAAGAGCGACCCGAAGCCCAAGAGCCGCAUCCUGAUCACCGACUCCCGCGAGACCAUACACAGCAAGCUCAGAUCUGCCCUCACCGAUUCCAUCGAGGGCGUGAGCUACGACCGCGAGGCAAGGCCAGGCGUGUCCAACUUGGUCGACCUGAUACAUCAUUUUGACCAGGCGGGCGCUGCUUCGCCUGAAGAGCUGGCACAGGACCUGAAGGGCUUGAGUAUGCGUGCUUUGAAAGAAAAGGCCGCAGACUCGGUGGACAAGAGCAUCAAGCCUAUCAGGGAACGAUACGAAGAACUUAUGAGCGGAGACCAGAAGAAGCUCAUAUCACACGCCGAGAGUGGCGCUCGGAAAGCAGAAGCGAUGGCCGAGUCCACGAUGCAGAGGAUACGGAACGCCAUGGGCAUCGGCUGGUGAUGGUGCGUGAUGCACAGUCUGCACACCUCUUGUAUCCUAUCUAUACUAUU